AUGGAAUUAGCCAAUCAAUCGUCAAAGAGGAUUAUUUACAUCAGGCAUGCUCUCUGCAAAGCCAAUGUGGAUAAAAGAAAGUGCAGAGGGGAGGAAUCUAAGGAUCCGAAAUAAGCUCAAGAGCAUAAAGGCAGAUCCUACCUAUAUUGACUCUCCGCUACAUCCUGAUGGCUAUCCUCAGAUAGAGAAACUUGCUGAUAGAUUGAGCACUGAGAAUAUCAAUGUUGUUAUGGUUUCUCCUCUCAGAAGAACAAUGUCUACUUGUAUGGAGCUGAUGAAGUCUCAUUCAAAUUUUGAACACAUUAAGUUUAUCAUCAGCCCCUUCAUUAUCUCCCAAUGUGAAGGAUUUAUGGAUGUCCCCAGUGCCAGUCUUGAAGAAAUUCAAAAAGAGUACGAAGAGAAGUACCAAGUAGAAAUCUCUGUUGCUGACUCUGAGCUCCAAACCUUCAGAGACUGGUCUAAGGAAAUAAAGUCAUUGAAUCUUAGUAAAAAGAAACCCAAAGAAAUGGAGUCUCUGGAGGCUUUAACUGAGGUGUUCAUUUCUCCAAAGAACUACUAUUUGCACCUUUUUAGCCAAAAGAUGCAGAAAGAUAUCUUAAUGCAUUUGAAAGCUAAUCCUGAAGAUUCUUUGAUUAAUUUCUUGAGCAAGAAGUUUACUAAGAGCAGCUAUGAAAAAUCAAAUAACGUCAAAUCAAGACUAGAGAAGUUCAAAGAGCAGGUUUGAAACAUAAUCUCUGACCUUAGUGAGGAACAACAAGUGUUAGUAGUCUCUCACAGUAAAAUAAGCUUAAACUACUGUGACAUCAUCGGACUCUUACAUAAAUACAAGGAAGAAGGGGAAUCAGACAAGCUAAGGUUAAACAACUGUCAAGGAGUCUACCUAGCAUUCGGAGACGAAAACUAUGAGGAUUUUCAAGUCACUGAACAUUUACAACAAGAUGAAGAGAGUCAAGAGUAA